AUGACGUGGCAUGAGGAGCUACGAAGCCGUCAGUUCUGGCGAGCCGUGAUGGCAGAGCUGAUUGGCACGCUGGUAUUGGUGAGCGCCGUGCUGGGUGCUUCGGUGCCGGGCCAUAGGGAAGAGCCCGAGGGACCCUUGUACUCGGCAGUGGCAGUCGGUGCUGUGAUCGUUGCUCUCGGACACUGUUUUGGUGAAUUUAGCGGGGCACAGGUUAACCCGGCUGUCACGUUGUCCCUGCUGGCCACACGGAGGCUGGACGUCAUGAGGGCUCUUGUUUAUGUCACUGCCCAGUGUUUGGGGGCUUCAUUAGGGUCUGGGGCCCUCUAUUUGGCUUUGCCCCACAAAAGCACUGCAGACUACUUCGUCAAUAGGGUGCCCAUUGACUUGAAUGCAGCACAGUCCCUUGGCAUCGAAGUCUUAUGCACCUUCCAGUUGGUUUUCACAGUGUUCUCAGUUGAGGCUCAACGGCGAAGGGAAAGCCCAGAACCGGGAAAUCUGGCUAUUGGACUGGCACACACUGCUGGGGUGAUGAUAGGGGCUCGUUUCUCUGGUGCAAGUAUGAACCCUGCUCGCUCUCUGGGUCCGGCCCUCGUGACAGGAUUUUGGGAAAACCAUUGGGUGUACUGGAUCGGACCGGUCCUUGGAGCAGUCCUGGCCGGCGUGUCCCACGAGUUCUUCUUUGCACAAAGCGCCUCCCGCCAGAAGCUUGUGGCAUGUUUGACGUGCAAGGACAUUGAGAUAGUGGAGACGACCAGUAUGACUGGUUCGUCCCUUUCCACGGUCACUCAGAACGCAAAUAGAUCAAAACAAGCCCACAAAUAA